UACCUUGUGCAGGACGCAAUGCAAAUUCCAAAUACUUUAUAAUAUACUUGGCAAAAAACUUUAUUUUGGUUCUGUUUUUAAAAGUCAAGUUUCACCCUGAAUGAUUUAAUAUUGCAGAAUAUUAAGUUUCCUUCUCCACUUUUCAUGCUUCAGGUCAUAAUACUAAUAGCUCUAAAGCAGGGACUCUGGAUCUUCUGUUUGACCUGUUUGCCUGACAUUUUGACAGGAUCACGGGGGCGAAUGCCUCUCAUAUAACCGGUAAUCUCUAGACCCCUGCUGUCUUUGCCAUCUUUACCAUCACGCCCUCCCCGGUUGGUAACUGGGAGUGGAAUGGGAACGGAAGCGAGCUGGAAGGCUGAGUCUGUCCACGACGUAAAUCCUGCUAACCAAGAGCAGGAACCUAAGAAGCAGUUCUGUCUGGGAGCUGCUCUCUCCUGCUCUCUCUCCCAGAAAGGCAGCACCAGUGAAAGGAAAAGCAGGCAUUGGGGACAUUACAUCUUCAAGGACGUUGUGCAUUUAAGUGUUUUCCCCUCCAUCUCCUUAAUUCCUGAAGUUUGAAGGAAAAAGCAGAAGAUCACUGCCAGAAGCUCCACCGAUACACCAAGAAAUAUUUCUCAUUUUUCUUCAGACAGUAGAGAAAGGUCGCCCCUCCCUGGCUGCCUGAGGCUCCUGACCAUGCUGCCUGUGUUCCUGCCGCUGUUCCUGCUGGGGGGGGUUCUGGGAGGCGGAUACCACCCCCUGCCUCAGAUGAAGUACGUUCAGCCCAUGAUGAAGGGCCCUGGGGGGCCUCCCUUCCGGGAGGGCAAGGGCCAGUUCUUAGAUACGCUGCCUAUGGUGGACGUCAAAGGAGAACCUGGCCCUCAAGGAAAACCGGGCCUCCGUGGGCCGCCGGGACUCCCAGGUCCUGCAGGGAAGCCAGGGAUUGGAAAACCAGGACUCAAUGGGCAGCCUGGGUCUCAGGGCCCCCCUGGGCUGUCUGUGAUCGGGAAACCGGGGCCCCCAGGCUUUCCUGGAAAGGCAGGUCUGAAGGGCAUAGCCGGGGGAAAGGGUGAGAUUGGCCUGCGAGGUGAACCAGGCCCAAGAGGAUUGCCCGGGCAGCCUGGCCUCCCGGGACCCUCGGGCUUGUCUCUGAAUGGAAAACCUGGACUCCCCGGCAUUAGGGGCCCUCCAGGGGGCAGGGGUGAGCCAGGGUUAAAAGGGGAACCGGGUGCUUAUGGAGAACGAGGGCAAAAGGGGGAAAAUGGAAAUGGAACUCCAGGUAUACCUGGGCCACGGGGCCCGACUGGCCUUAAAGGUCUUCCAGGACUACCUGGGGCCCAAGGCAUUGGAAAGCCAGGAAUGAAUGGGCUUCCUGGGCCUGUUGGGCCAAAAGGUGAUGGUGGACUUCCAGGAAUACGAGGAUCACCAGGAGAACCUGGUGCUCCAGGAUUGCAAGGUCAGCCUGGACCAAUUGGACUAGGGAAACCUGGCGUAGAUGGCUUGCGUGGAGUGCCAGGUCCUCUUGGACCAAAGGGGGAACAAGGGCACCAGGGGCCACCGGGUCUGCCCGGAGCUGCUGGCUAUGGCAAGCCUGGGUUGAUGGGGCAGAAGGGGGAUCGUGGUUCCUCAGGACUACCAGGACUCCCUGGAGAUAAAGGGGAGCAUGGAAUGGAUGGGCAGCCAGGUAACAUUGGCCUGGAUGGACAACCUGGACCUCCAGGAAUCCAGGGCCCUAUCGGUCUUCCAGGUAAGCAUGGCAUACCUGGCCUAAAAGGAGAAGUUGGGCCUGUUGGGCCCCCAGGAGCACCUGGGAUCAGAGGAGCUCAAGGUCCCAAUGGACUUGCAGGAAAGCCUGGUGUCCCUGGAGAAAGGGGUCUGCCUGGCCCCAAUGGUGUUUUUGGAAAGCCAGGUCCCAAAGGAGAGGCUGGCCACAUAGGCUUGCCUGGUAACCCUGGGUUGACAGGUGUGCCAGGAUUGAAAGGGGAAUCUGGAAUUGUAGGGGCCCCGGGGCCUCGAGGUCAAUCUGGGAUUCCAGGCCUCCAGGGCCCAUCAGGGCCUAUGGGGCCCCAGGGAAUUCCUGGUUUAAAGGGGGAGCCUGGUCCUCCUGGCUUACCUGGGGUAACCAUGAAUGGCAAUGAUGGAGUACCAGGACCACAGGGCCCCCCAGGAAAACCUGGUACAGCGGGACUGAGUGGCAUCCCAGGGCCCCCAGGUCCUCCGGGCCCCCCGGGUCCUCCAGGAGCCAUCAUCAAUGGUGAGACGCGAGUGUCUGGGCUGCAUGAACCUGACCUUGGCGGGGAGUCGGUUCCAGGUGGCCGGAAUGGGAAGCCCCAGUAUGGACAAGGGGUGCUGUCUGCCGCACUCGCUCCCGCUUUCACUGCCAUCCUGACCACUCCCUUCCCGCCCUCUGGCAUGCCAAUUAAGUUUGACAGGACUCUGUAUAAUGGGCAGAACGCCUACAAUCCUUCUACGGGGAUCUUCACUAGUCCAUUCGCUGGCAUCUACUACUUUGCUUACCACGUGCAUGUAAAGGGAACCAGCCUGUGGGUGGCGCUAUACAAGAACAAUGUGCCUGCCACAUACACCUACGACGAGUACAAGAAGGGCUACAUGGACCAGGCAUCCGGCAGCGCCGUUCUGGAGCUGAAGGAGGGAGAUCAGGUGUGGGUCCAGAUGCCCUCUGACCAGGCUAAUGGGCUGUACUCCACUGAGUACAUCCACUCCUCCUUCUCAGGGUUCCUACUCAGCUCCACAUAACGGCCCUCCCCACAUCCAAAUUCACGACCAUCAUCAUCAUCAUCAUCAUCAUCAUCAUCAUCAUCAUCGUCAUCAGCCAUAAAACACCUACAGCAUCAAAUGACUUUGUGAACAAGCAGAAGAAGGAAAGAAAACAUUUCAAAGCAGGGGAAGGAUAUUUUAUACUGUCUCUGAGUUUCUCUCUACCUUUCAAUGUUUUGAUUUUGUUUUCACUUUUUGAACCUGUUUUGUUUUCUAGCAUAUAUUAUUAAUAUUAAUAUUAUUAUUGUUUCAUUUGCUGUUUUGUUGUUCUUUUUUGAUGUUAUUGUAAUUGAUGUUCUAUUGAAUUGGACAGUUAAGGACCUUACUUCACAAUGUGGUUGCGCCUGCUGCCAAUGCUUAUCUGUGUGACUGAACACUGCCUGACCCCUGACCCUUAACCCUUGACCCCUGACCCCACAGAACGUUACAUCCCAGGGUUCAUGGGCAUUUCACUUUCUGCAGUCACAAACUUCUGAUCACUCACGUGCCACUGCUUACUCCAUAUAUGCAUUAUUAUAUCUAUAUAAACAUAUACGCAGUUCAAAAAAGUACAAUCAAUACACUGAGACGUCAUAUAAACCGGCUUGUUCUCUGAUCAUUUAUCAAUACAUUUUACGUAUUUUUUUCAUCCAUGAUAUUCUGAGAUCACGUUACGAGUAGGUUGCAUCAGGAUAGCUCUUCGUUACAAAUACUGAUGGAUAUAUUUGUAAUGCAUUUUUGCUGAUCUAUUAAAUUAUGAUAGCCUGUUGUCAAAAUAGCUAGGUAAUGGUUACAUUCUGGAAGCUGACGGCUGUGAUUAACAGUGUAGUAUUAGAGGUUGCAUGCCACAGUGUGCUUUUUAUUUUAACAACUAUAAAGACAAAAUCAGUCAUCGCAGAACCGUUUUGUGUGCAAUGUAACCCGGUCUACUAUUUGAAAAGUCCUAGAUAACAUUUGCGUAAAAUGCCGCCACCAAUCGAUCAAUACAUUUUUAUAUAAGUAAGUGAAUAUGGACCAGCUAUUGGAUUUAGCCUGCUAGCUUUCUCUGAUCAGAACAGUGGAUUUUCUUUCUCUGUGUUGUGGAAUUAUAUAUAUUUUUGUACUGUAAAGAUAAUUCUUUUCUGUCCUAUGUACUGUAAGACCUGAACAUAUCGUUGUUAUUUAUUCCCCUGUUGCAUUUAAGUACCGUUGCUUUACAAGCUCGGAUCAUUAUGACUUCUGAGCGAUUUGUGUUAUAAAGCAUAUCAAACAACCUUUUCUGAGGAUUCUUCUAAAGUUACACAUCACAUUUAAACAUUCAGAUCAUGUAUACACAUUAGGCUCACUGUUGGAGAUUUUCCUUAAGGUUAUUUUAUGUUUUGAUACGUGUUACUUUUGUGCUGUUUGUGUGCACAGGAUUUGUGUACCUAAUUUUUUGUCUUAGUGGCAGUGGUCUUCAGUGCCCUAAUCCCUGGACUAGGUUCUUGAAUGUGUCAUUCCAUGCAGUGUUUCUUUUUUGGGGGGUGGGGAGUGGGGGGGUCAAAGUAAUCAGCUGCUUCUGUCCACCAAAAAUAUAUGCAUGGAAUGUCUAACAGCAACACUCGUCUUGCCUUAACUCUGCUGCCUUACUGUGGGCACGGCAGGUGCUAACCUCCACCUGCAUGCUGCAAAGGGCCACUUCGCUCUAGCUGCUGUAGGCAUAGAUGGGAAUGAGUCUUAGUCUCCCUUUAAAAAGCCUGACCACAGUUCCUGCAAUUAUAUUUAAAAAAAUACCUUGGGGUGUUUAAUGGUAGUAUUAGUUCAUUUACAGAUCGAGAAAGAAACAAGAAUAUUUUUAGAAUCAUUCUCCUAUAACAGCGUAACAAAACACAUUUGGCACAGAGUUUUCUUCAGUGUAGCCACUGAGAAAAGACUUAAGUUCAAUAUGGAUACUUAAGCCUUUAAGAGAAUCAGUUUACUACUUACUAGUUAAGUCUAGUGUUAAUUGAAGGUGCCUGCAUCUCCCUUUAAUUUAAAGUGACACCACCAUGAAGUGUUAGUUCGUCAGGAGCAGCCUGUGGGUGACGCUCCCCUUUAUGUCCUGAGAAGUAAAGAUAGUGAUAUGCAGAGUCUUAUCCUCCAUUAUUGGCCUGCACCCUGAAGGAUGAAUAGGUGAUCCACGCGACUGCUUGAUGUGUUUGACUGGGCCAAAGUCAACAGUCAGCUACAGCUUCUGCCGGGUCUCAGAGACGGUGUCAGGACUCAGCCCAGGAUUUCUUUCACUGGGUGGUGGCUAAAUGAAUGUCUUACUUGGGGUAUUCUGAAUGGCAGUAAAUGCCACAGUAGAAACCCCUUAAAGAUAGCGUCAUUAGCAGGGGAAUGUGUGAUAGCCUUAAUGUGAGGGACACCAUCCUCAGCUGCAAAAGUGUACACAGCUGGACACCAGCAGAAACUGUCAAAAUGGACAAGUGCUUGAUGUUUGCGGUGUGAAAAUACUUAAAAGAAGGGAUGGCCAAAUGAAGCUUCAUGAACCACUUGUUGUAUCUUUUGAUGCCACUAGAUGGUGCUUUCUGUUCAAAAAAGGGCUCAAAGCAUGCCCCAAACAAACCAAGAGCACCAUCUAGUGGAUUCAAAGAAUACAGCAAAUGGUUCAUGAAGCUUCGUUUGGCCAUCACUACUUCAAGGGUAUUAGAAAAUAGAGGAGCUUACAGUACAUUAACAUCAUCCUUGAACUUUUGGCUCAAAACAAAGCAGGCUUCAAAACAAAAUACAUUCCUCCAUCCAUUUCUAAAAGGAUGACAAUCCUGCUAAUGGAGAUUGGAAUCAGUGGUCGAAAAGAGUAAGGUAUAAAUCUGGGUGUACUGUUGAAGUGAUGCCUGUCCAGGAGAGGGCAGACACAUAAAAUCAAUUUUCAGGUAUCAGGUGCGAGGAAACACCAACAGACUAAUGCUGAGGAUAAAUGUGAACAUACAAGCAUGUUGGUCUGAAACCACAGAAUAGAAUAUAGAGUUAGCACGCUGCCUUACAUCGUAUGUGCGAUAAAUAUUACAGUGAUCUCAUAUAAAAAGAUGUUUAGCAAUGCUGAACAGGAUCCUUAAGAGGUGCCUGCCACUAAGUUAGAAUAACUAAGCAUCUUAUCAGUCACCCAUGCUUGUUUCUGUGUUGGGUCCUUAUUAACCCCACUUUCUGCAAGAUUUUGGUUCGGCCUGCCUGCAUAUUUCACUAGAGAGCUCGACAUUUUUGACUGAGAAGGAACAGUCUGGACAAUGGUUUUUUGUUGGGUGUCUAGUGUUGGUCUCUGCUGGAUUGAAUCGCAGUGCUGAUCUUUUUCAGGUCCAUCAUCUCCCUAACCUUUGCGCCUGACUAUCAGCAAAGCGUUUCGAAGGCACAGCCCGUUCAGUAGCCCUCUGCACAUUAUAUGUUUCUCAAGUAUAUAUAAGCAAUGUACCUUUUUUACCCUGUGUUGAAAUGGUGCUGUGUAUGCCACAAUCCUGCAGCAUGCAAGCUCAGGAAAAGGUGUGGACUGGAUGUAUGACACAUCCUGACUGUCUGAAGUUAGGGGGGGGGGGCUCCACUGCCAUUUCUGCCAGAGAUUUAAUAUCUGGACAGCCUUGUAGUUUCUGCAGGCUAAUUAUUCUGUUGGAUAAUUAUUACAUAGAGUUGUGAAUGAACUGCCAGUUGUUUUUAUGAUGUUCCAGUAUGACCCAGUCCCACCAGUAUCAUUGCUAAUAACUUAAAAAAAAAAACAUAUAUCAGCUCUGGCUUGAUCCCCAAUAAACAGAAAGACACUCAUCUGUUUACCACCUGGUACCCAGAACAUAGAAAUACACCCCCUGCUUAUGUGGGUCAGGUACAAUUAAAUCAUUGUUGUAUAUUUGAUACUUUCCAUUUUUGGCCAUUGCAAAGUUUCCAGUUUAGUGCACAGGAAAGAAUUUCACUUAUAGAUUUUUUACACCCCCCCGCCCCGGAAGCCUGACAAUGAGAGUGAACUUUGUCCUCAUAAACAGUAUUUUUGUACAGUUAAUGCACUGUUUGACAUUACCUUCAGCCUAGUUCUCCAAUCCACCAUCAACACAAAGUUUGUAAAUGAUGAUUGUUGUGAGUCCCUUUCGACAAGGCAAGGUUUUUUCUUGUUAUAUAUCAUUUAUAUAUUUUUAUAUAUCCAUUCUGUUAUGAAAACGCAGGAUGGAUUUCCAUGUUCCCAUUAUGUCUUGUGUUUUAUUUUCCAACGAGACUGGAUGCAGUGUUGCAUUGUUAUACACUCUACCACAAGUGUGCAUAACAAAAAGGAGAAAAAAAAAACCAUAUAAGAAAAACUGUGCUUUUGCAAAUAAACAAAAACUAGGAAAUUAUAUCUCUUGCUUGAGUUUUACAGGAUAUUGUAUUUUUUUAUUUAAAAUUGAGUGGAAAUUCCCAUUUGCACAUGAAAUUAAUAAAAGUGAUAUUUAUACAUAUGUGCUGAGAUAGCAGGAAUGGCCAAAAUGAUUGCCGAAGCCCAAAAGUUAUAUACAGUAUUUAACAACAAUGACAAGUACCGUGCAUUUACAUUGAUAGUUAGCACUAUAGCAUUGUUUGUGAAGGAUAAUCUUUUGUGUACAUUAUUUUUCCUCUCGUGUUUAUUGUACUACAUAUCACACAAUUGUUUGUUUUUUUUCCUUUGUGAAGUGUCAUUGCAUACACUGUAUGUAAUAGAUUUUGGGUAUAAAAUGCACUCUUGUUUGAUUGAAAAUGUUUUGUCUGUUUAUACUAAAUCUACAGAACUUGAUAGUAUUGAUACCACAUCAAUAAAUACUUUCCAGUA